UGUUUUGUUGGUAGGAAAGGCGAGUUCGGGUCGCUGCGGUGUGAGAAAAUCCCAAGCAAAGCGGUCAAGUGAGGCUCGUCGCGGUCGUGACAGUGUUUGGUGUGCGCGAAGUGGAGCUUCUGCGAUUUGGCGGGCAUCGCGAGGGAAGAUGGUGAAUGCGCGGUGUCGGUGGCUCUGAGACGUCACUGCGAGCAGUGGCGGCGGAUCUCUAGGUUGGACGAGUGCCAAGGGGCGGCCGAGACGCUGGGCCAGCUUCGCGGGUGGCGUCCCGGUCAGUGUGUGGUCGCGAGUGUGUGAGUGCAUAGGCCAACAAGUAGGCGAGAGCGAGAGGGCAGAGGCGAGUGCCAAAAUAAUUGAGGCGCACACACGCGAAGUCGGGCGAGAGAGCCGCUCUCCGGCUGGCCCGAGUGAGAGUGUGGAGACACGUGAGAGCGAAACAAGUGGCUGUGUGCGUUCGUCGCCGCGUCAGAUUGUAUCGACUAGACAAGAAUCAGCGGAGCGGAGAGAGCGCGUCUCUCAGCCAAACAAUCGGACUGGAAGUUUGUGAGACUCUCAGCGCGACAGUCUGCACCAGACAGACGAUUCAUUAUUUUUUAUUGUUGAGCCACUAAAAUCGUUCUCUCGCUCCGUGUGUUGCCAUUUCUUUCCGCCACGCACACAGACGCAGCGGGCCCGUGCAGGGCUACGCACACUGACGCAGUCGCGAGUGGCAGAAAAUCGAUCCCCGCGCGAGGGCGACAGGACGAAAUUGUGACAGAGAGAAAAGUGAAAGGAUAAUUAUGUGGUGAUUCCCGGACGGCGUGACACAGUGUGCAACAUCGGGAACACAGUGAGAGACAAACAGGGUGACAAGAUGAGUGAAUACGUGACGCCGCAGCUGCGAACGGUGCUCAAGACGUUCCAGGACAAGGCGACGAAGAGCCUGCAGGGCCCCGGGCUGUCGCUGGUGCAUCCGCAGAAGAAGGAGCGCACCACGCCCGAGCCCGCGGAGGAGCCCAUGGCGCCGCCGCCGCCCGAGCUGCCGCAGCCCAUCCUCAGCUCGGCCGACACGGGGCGCGGCGUGCUGUACGAGACGAUCCUGGAGGGGAAGCCCAUCGGGUGCUUCCUGCUCGGCGGCGAGAUGCGCCUGUGCCUGCCGCAGAUCCUCAACAACGUGCUGACCAACUUCUCGCUGGAGCAGAUCAACGGCACGUGCGAGAAGCUGCAGAUCUUCUGCUCGCAGUGCACAGCCGACCAGCUGAACGAGUUCAAGGCGGCCAACAUCCUGCCGGAGGAUGUGAAGUUUUCGGGCCUGAUCACGCGCACCAACGCCGAGCGGCUCUGCUCCACGCUGCUGCACCGGGCGGAGCGCCGGCCCGUGAUCAAGGGUGCCAUCUCGUUCCGCGUGCACCAUCGCUGCUUCGGCAAGACCGAGGGCAUCUGCACGCCGGACAUGUACUCGCUGAAGGAGCCGUCGUGCAUCGAGUGCACGGAGUGCGGCGGUGUGUUCACGCCGCAGCGCUUCGUGUGCCACGUGCACGGGCAGCAGGAGGAGCAGACGUGCCACUGGGGCUUCGACUCGGGCAACUGGCGGGCGUACAUUCACGUGCCGUUCGACGUGGAGAACCGCGACAAGUACACGAAGAUGCUGGACGAGCUGAAGGAGCGCGAGUACCAGGAGACAAUGGCCAUGAUCAACGCACAACGGGAGACGCUGAGCCUCAAGAGAAAGGCUGUCAUCGAGGAGCCCCACAUUCUGGCGAACUCCAUCGACAUUCCCCAGAAGAAGUCCAAGUUGAUAGAUGAUGCGGCUUACGCUCUGGAUUAUCACACGUACCAUCCCUAUGCGCAGUUCUAUGCCCAUCAGCUUCGGCAGCAGCAGCAAUUGUCGGCGUUCCGGCCGUGGACGCCGCUCACGCCAAAACACCUCGCCCACCUCAGCUACUCGAAUGUUCCGGGGCUGCCGUAUCUCAGCCAGGAGCCGCCCAUUCUGCAGAAUCCGGAGCGGGUGGUGCGAUUGUCGGAGUGCGAACGCUUCGAGCGCACCUUUCAGCCCAACGUUGCCUUAGCGCCACGCCGGGUGAAUGGGCUGACCAAGGAUCUCUCGCCCAGAGACACCACCCGCAUUGUCACCACCGACAUCCCCAUCAAGCUGGAGCGAGUCACGUCGCCGCGCGAGAAUUCUGUGGCCGGAGCGUCGCCGGAGCUCAGAGUGACGUCGCCGGCGGGCGAGGGAGCACCUGUGAGUCCGGAGCAGCUGUCGGGCAGCAAUGAGAUCACAUCCAGCACCUCUCCAGUUCCCCUCACGGGCAGUCAGGUCACCACGAAUGGCAUCAGUCCGUCGCCGCCGAGAAGUGCGCCUGACCAUCCGGCGGGGAAUCCAAUACACCUGCAUCACAAUCAUCAGGGCGCAGCGGCGAUGGUGUUGAAGAACGGAGGAACACCCGCGCUGGCUGGCAACCCUGAGUUCGAGCUGUCCACGGACACAGAUGACGACAGUCUCACUGGGGAGGCGGACAGUAGCAUCACAGGCGCGCCGUGGGAUGUGGCAGCCGUGGCGGAGGCACUGAAGGAUGCAGCGCCAUCGGACAGAGACAAGGUGUUGCACAUAAUAAAGGUGCUCGUGCAGGAGAACAUGCAGCUGAGACAGUGCAGUGCCGAGAAUGCCCGCCUGGUGCAGGAGCUGCGGCACAAGGAUGACCAAAUAGCCGAACUGCUGCUGGAGCAGCAGCGCCGGCGCCUGCCGCCGCCACCGCCUCCGGAGCCCAUCACAACGGUGGUGGUGAAACCGGAGCCGCCCGUGGAAGUGCCCACGAGCAAAACGACUGAGGUGAUCAUGAAGCCGCUGAAGAAGUCGGCUCGACGGAGUCCCGAGGAUACGGUGGUGGUGAUGCCGCCCAACAAGAGGUACACACUCAGUGCAGCCGUGGCGGCGGCCGAGGACAUUCCCGACCCGCCCAAGGACUCCAUCAAGCGCGUGGACUUGGUGAACGGCGUGGGCGGUGAGCACAAGGCGCGCGAGAAUGGGGUGGCGAUUCAGUGUAAGGACAGUGGAUAAAAUUGGCGGGUUUCUGUCAUCCUCAUGACACCACCAUCGUGCAGAUCCUCGUGAGGAGUCCUCCCCCAAGAUGUUUUGCGACAAGAAAAACCCACCCAGAAUUUUCGCUUCAGCGUUUCUUUGAUAUUUUGUGUUAAACACAUAAUCGGCAGACGAUGGAACUCUAGCAACCUGUCCCGAGCGUGCUAGCGCGACAGGGGACAAUAGAGGGGAGAAAGGAGUGUGGAAAUAUUUUUAAUUAUAUUUAAAAAUUACCUACUUGCUAAGAACAAAGGAGUUAGUCGUAAAAAAGAGGAUGAUAUAACCUAUUGAAUGCCACAAAGUGGCGAUGCCAGUGUCUAUUGAUCGAAUUACUAAUUUGUAGACUUGUGUCGUAUAAAUUCUCCCUUCAGUAAUUUCUCUAUAACUUCAUUUACUGAUUAGAUAUUAGGCCAAAUUCUAAGGGUUUCGCGAGCACAGCUCGUGGAGCGCGGGAAUUUCUAAACAAUUGUAUAGAUGAACAUGUAAAUUACGGUCAGUUCUGAUUACUUUCUACUGCAACAAUGAGUAGUGUGUGACUUAUUUAUAAGAUCUUGUAAAUACUUUAUAGUGAUAGGUUUCUAUUUUAUCUCUUAUCCUGGCGUCCACGAUAGACAAAUAUUGUGGCGAUGCAGGAGGCAAAAAAAGCUAUCUGUAUCAUUUGUAUUUAUAUGUUAAUUAUUUAUUGUGUGAUUUGGAGGAAAGAUGAAUAGUUGUCUAAGUUGAAUUCAGUGGUAAAAUUUUUCAUUUUGCAAUAUCCCCAAAAGAAAAAAAAAACACCCGCGAGAUGCAUAAUAUACCAAGGAUGACAGAAAUAUUACACUAUUGUGUUGUGUUGCGUCCUGAAAUGUACACUGUUUUCUUCAGUUUUAUGAAUUAGAUUGACCAAUGUCGAGUUUCUAAUGUCGCAACACAACACAUUUGAAUCCCAGACACCAGAGUUGAGAGAGAGCGAGACAGUAAAAUGAUUUAAAACCAUCAGUGAAGAAUACCAGUGAAUAUGUUUUUUUUUUACGAGGAAAAAAAUCUCAUGAAAAGCCACAAAAUUCUACCAUCGACCAAUUUUCCAAAGUGACUUUUUGCAUUUCACAAGAACAGCGCACGUUUGUGUGUGUGAAGAAGAAAUAUUACCACACAAUUUCCCCAAAUGAAAACCAUAGCGAGAUUACUAAUAUUUAGUAAGAAAAAAGGGCAACAAGAGAUAAAUAUACGAAUUUAUUACAAUGGUAAUUUAAACUGUAUGUGGACAACAUGCAAAAAAAGAAGAAAAAUGUGGCGCAAUUUUCAUAGAUGGUAAAUUUCUUUAAUCGAGUGUAAAGUCAGUUUUGAGAGUAAUGUUUCCGACAAAUCAUCUUUGAUAGAAACAUGGAGAAAACAAAAUAGGUUUUCGCGUUGAUUACUAAGUUCCGUGACGUCAAUCAAUUACACAAAAAAAAACAUAGGCUAUAGUAAAUAGUGAAGCGAGAAAAAAAGGAACUUCAUUGAUAAAAGAUAGUUUAAGUCGCACAAACAAAUCAUAAAUAGUUAUAAUUAUGAAAUGUGGGAAGUGUUUGUCUAUUGAGAAUGGUUAGAUUGCUCGGCUGUGCGUAAGAUUUUUCCUCUUCUUUUUUAUUCUCCUCCUCCCUUUGCCACGCAAAUGAGAACAAAACAACGCAGAGUGUCGAGCGAUACAAAUUGCCCUUGCAAAGGCCAAAUCCCGGACCUGUGAACUUGCGCUGGGGUUGCGAAAUUCCGUGGGUGAUCAUUAAAAUGUCAUCAGGGUUGCAGCGAAAGGGCGCACAUGGAGGUAUUUUGCAUAAAGUAAUUGAUUAGCCCGUGCUGUUGAUCCGUAACGAUUUAUUUAUUGAGGUUCACACACAGGCAUCGAGAGGGUGGUCAUGUCGUGAUUUAUUUGUGAAAUUUAUUGCACCAAUCCGGGAAUCAUACACUCGAUUUCACUUGACUUGCCUUCCGGUUGUUCUCUGCACUGUUAUCAAACUACAUAUGCUGUGUGUUUUUGGGCAAAAUAUGCAUUUGUCCUGGGAAAUUGCGUACAAUUGCCUCACGCAGGCGUUCCGCCAUGAAAUCAUUUGCCACAAUUCAGCUUCCGCGUGAGAUGCUAAGCUAUUAAUUUAGCAGAAAUGAAAAUUUUAAUUAAAUGUCGUUGCUCACAGUUGUGGCAAUGAGUUUUCUUCCCUUUGACUUCUUUUCCAACCACCGGCAAACAGCAAUCAGGCGCUCGACGUCUAAUUGAGACGAUCCAAUUGCGAUGUGGGAAUCGGCAUCUUGGCAAGUGCAGCGCUUUGCGUCUCGCACAGGCAAUUUGGCGUGUGUUUGUGUGUGGUUAAUGGAAACGCAGAAUUGUCAUGAAGCUCCUGGCUUUCCACAGUGGUUUCACUGGUGGUUGCGCUUUGGAAAAUGCUCCAACGAGAUCUUCAAAUAACUUAAUCCUACCCGUAAUUGUAAAAUCUGUGCACUCAUCUAAUGAUAAAACACGAAAAAAAAUUCAUAAGCUAUAAACAUUUAUACGUCUCUAUGUGGGUGUGCGUGUGUGUGUGUAGUUUUCUAAAGAAAAAAAAGUAAUGAUAGAUCGAUCUAAAGAGUGUGAUGGAGAAGAAUAGAAAGCUUCAUUCAGUGCUAUUUUGUGCGAUUUAAUACUAUGAUUUUCUAGCGAAAAAUUAAGAUAAAAUUACACUGUCGUGGAAUCUAGACAAGAAAAGAAUCAUUGCAAUAAGUGAAUUACUGCCAAAAUUGUGAAAAUUGAGCAAAAAUAUUGUGUUUAAAUAAAAAAAAAGAAUUGCGCUAAUUUUUAGACUGUUAUAUUUUAGGCUUUUGUAUCAAAUUUCACCAUCAGCAAUUAUUUCAUUGUAAAAACUUUGUUUAAGAACACAAAAAAAACAUCGCAAAGUCUAGAAAGGAAUCAUGAUGGAAAAACAUGGCUUCAAUGUGUGUGGCUUUUUUCCCGCAUAUAUUCUGAUUGAUUAUGGAUUUUGAAACUCAUCCACUCUCAUAAAUAAAGCUAAUUUUAUCAAUUUGAAAGUACAAAAUAUCGAAGGUGCUGUAAAUAAUAAAUUUUGAAGAUUAAAAAUAGAACAAACUACAAAGUGUGUGGAUGUAAUUGAUGAUUCAAGUAUAAAGUAAACUUUUAAAUAUAGUGACAGACAGUAAAUAAGUGAAGAAAAAUGCUUAGAAAUAGUGAAUAGAAGACAUUCUUUUUAGUAACGGCACUUUUAAUUUUUUUUUCAUUUUCAAUAUAACGCUGUAACAAUUGCAAUGAACUUCCUUUUUUUAAUUUGUAUCUCCUCAGCAAAGUCAGUAAUAGAGAAGAGAGAAAACAUAUAUAGAAAUUGUGUGUUUGUGUAGACAAGAUGAAAAAAAUGACUUAAAAACUCAGUGAAAAAAUGACAAAAGAUUAACAAUAAAUAAUUUACGAAAUAUAAGUGAAGAAAAGCAGUUUAUUUGCGACUAAAGUAUAAAUUAAUAAAUCGUAAUGAAGAAAAAGAAAACAACAUAAAGUCUCGCCAAAAAUUUUACUAUAUAUUUAGUAGCGAUGAGAGGAUUUCCUACUUUUAUAUUUCCUUCUAAAUUAAUAAUGACGAAGAGAGGCAGAAGAAAAAAAAACUAUUGUUACUUGUAAGGGAAGCAAAGGAUGAGGAAAAAGGGAAGCAGAAGCCAGAGAGAGAUUGUUAAUUUCGAGUAUAAAAUGACGAUGGGAAAAAAUUAAGUGAAACUCUUGUUGAAUUUAUUCAAUUAAAAUGAAAAAAAAUAUUAUAUUUUUUGAAAAAGUGAAAAUCACAAGAAAAAAUCAUCUAUUGACUACUUGAGAAAGAAUUUUAGAUUAUUAUUAAAUUAAAGAGAAAUGAAAAAUCUUGAAAUUAUUAGUUGGCUGUUAUUUGAUAUAAAGAAAAAAAAAAUUAAUUAUUAUAUUUGGUGAUCUCAUCUCUUUUUAAAGAAGAACCUACGUAGGCAAGAUAGUGACG